AUGGAUGCUCUCAAUAAGCUAAAUGUUCCCAAGUACCUCCAGAGAAUGGUGAUGACCUUGCCUGAAGAGGCGAAAUUGGUGACAUUUGCGAACGACGCGGCAGUCGUUAUCACCACGAAAUAUCCGGAAGAGAUUAAUGCGAUCUUCGACGAGAUGUUUGCUGAAAUCCAGAGUUCAAUCAGAUUGGAGCUGGUUGAACACGGAAACCGUGUCGAUAUCGAGCAGGUAACGCUUGAGACGAUCACAUUCAAAGUUGGCAAGAAAAAAACUGUGAUGUACACGUUGAUGGUCGAGACGACAUGUGCGUGUAUGGUUCUGACAUCUCUAUUGACGGAAUUUCAAAGAGGAAAUUUAGCCUACAGGGAAUGGUUGCCAUACGACUAUUCCUCUAACAUAUUAUUUUGCGUCACAUAUUUCCAUCAAAUGAUAAGUUUGACAGCUGCGUCCAUCGUGAACGUUGCCUGCGACAACAUAAUCUGCGGAUUGUUACUGCACAUCUGUUGCCAGAUUGAAAUCUUGGAAUGCCGGCUAAAGAAAUCUCUACACAACCAAACCGAUUUUGGAGAAUGCGUACUUCUGCAUAAUCACAUCUACAAAUUCGCAUGCACAAUAAACAAAGAAUUCAAGUUUAUUAUUGCUGUUCAAUUCAUAGUAAGCACACUGGUAGUGUGCUCCAAUCUGUAUCGAUUGGCAAAGACAGAGUUAAGCGUGCAAUAUAUUUCACAGGCGGUAUACACAGUCUGUAUGUUAAUACAAAUUCUCAUCUACUGUUGGUACGGAAACGAAGUGAAGCAAAAGAGCGUUCAACUUACCGAUCAGAUUUUUGGUAUGAACUGGUUGGCGUUGGACAAGAAAAUGAAGGAAAAUCUUAUGAUGAUUAUGAAUCGUUCUCUUAUACCUAUCGAGCUCUCCAGUGCACAUAUUCUUACAAUGAACCUUGAAUCUUUUGGGAAGGUUAGGGAUAAGUUUAAUUUCACGGCAGCGAUCGACUUUAUCAAUAGACUAUAA